GAUGGUCUCCGCCUUUGCUCGGAAAAGUCAAUUGUCCCACGAUGACUCCUUGCCUAGUGCUGCAUUAUUGGGUUUCCCAAUCUUAGCUUGAAGCACCGGUCGAGUCUCACCAUCGCGUCGUGUCACAACUGGCGCAGCACUCACCGUGACUUACGCAACGCAGCCCGCAGCUCUCCAAUAAAAAAAUUGCUGCCAUUAUUGGGUUUACGGAACCCAAUAACUCAGUUCGGAACUUCCCCUGGGGGAACGACCAGAUCGGCGAAUUCUGAUUCAACGCCAUGGCCAUUCCAGAUGGUGUGGUCGGCAUUCUUAUUGGAUAGUUUGGGAUUAUCGGGGCGCGCUAGACGCAACUCUGAGUCGAUAUUUCGUGGCGAGUCGCUCGCACGCGUCACUCCUGCUCCACCAACAACCUUGACGGCUCGUGUUUCCAGUUCGAGUCCAUCCCCAUCUUCCAAAGAGUCCCCAUCUUCCAUCGUUACUAUUAAUAAUGAGGGUGCUUCGAGUACCUAGCAACCAUCAUCAAGCGGUAAUCCACCUUCCACUCUACUGGCAACCAACCAGCUCGCUUCACCUUGCAGUCCGAGUCUUCUUCUUGUGGACUCCAAUUCCGAAUCAUCAUGGCCUUCACUUUGGCUCUCCGCGUCUUACUCUUCGCGUUCCUUGCGGCUCUGGUGGCCGUUGCCUACUCCUCAGACAACGACAACACAAAAUCAGCAGAAAGCCGCACCUUUACCUCCAAGCUGAUUGGAGCUAACGAGGUUCCCAAGGAUGACUCUGAAGCUGUUAAGAAGGCCGUCGGCGACAAAACCGGCGUGGUGGACAUGAAACUGAAAAUCUAUAGGGAGGACGGCAAGCCCAGGUGGGUGGAGUUCACAGUGCAGGAUUCCAACAUGGAAGGCGAGAUGCCGCCGACCAAGACGCACGUGCACCCGGGGAGGAAGGGGGAGAACAACCCCGUGCUGCUGGAUCUGACUGACGAGUGCCAGUACGAGAAGACAGGCGACGAGGAGUGGCGCUGCAAGGGGACGCUCGGGAAGGAUUCGAAGGAUAAGGUGCUGGAGUGGAAACUACGGGAAUAUUCACACUAAGAAGUAUCCUGAUGGCGCGGUGCGCAGGGUUCCUGCUAAGGUUUAGGGUUGUCUGAGAAUCAGACAGGGUUUCAAAAUUUCGUCUGACCAUCAGACGAGCUACCUGGGCUGGUUUGGUUUUUCAGAAGAAUUGUCCAGCAUCAUCUGAGCUUCCAGACGAAAAAAGAAAAGAAAAAAAUCACAAUAAACUACAAUACUGGGGUGAUGACGCGCCAUGCAGCAAAAAUAUUCCGCGGGUGGCAGGAUUGAGGCCCGAUGACACACAUGGCUGAGUGGUCAGAAUGGCAUGGACAGGUUACGAGGUGGGCGCAAUGUAUCGCCCACCAGAGUGGGAGGAGAAUGUUGGAAAUAUCUCAAGGACUUAAGCGUUUCUGAAGUGUAACACUGUACUCGAGGAAGAUUACAGGGGAGCACGCGAGUCAACGGAGGUUACACGAGGGGGCGGACAAAGAAUGCGAAAGGACUCGAAAGGUCGCAACUGGAGGUUGCGACUGACCGUUACAACAUCACGGAUGGUAACCGAAGCGGCAAUCGAGACUUAAGCGUUUCUGAAGUGUAACACUGUACUCGAGGAAGAUUACAGGGGAGCACGCGAGUCAACGGAGGUUACACGAGGGGGCGGACAAAGAAUGCGAAAGGACUCGAAAGGUCGCAACUGGAGGUUGCGACUGACCGUUACAACAUCACGGAUGGUAACCGAAGCGGCAAUCGAGUCGCUGUGCGACUCGAUAAACCGCUCCUGUAACUGUAUUCUACAACUGCUUUCUUAUCUUCUAUAUAUUGCUGUAUGCUUGUCUCUUUAAUCAAUCACUUGUUCUCAC